AUGAGACUCGUUGCACGGACUUGCCGUCAGCAGCAAAGACGAGGACGACCAGGCAAUGGCGCAUUGAGAGCGCAAAGACGAAAUGGCUUUGUGCUCUUGCUGGUGUCUCUGUCAUUGUUGCCUUGUGCAUUGACAUUUUUAUUUUUGGCUCCCUUCAAACAUCAUGCUCAAGGGGAUCAGCUACAAAAAAAUAACCCUGCUGCGCAUUCGAUUGCAACUUCCAUCGGUCGUGGUGGUGCCAUUGCUAGUACGAGUAGUACCUCAACCUCUCUCCGGGCUAUUGCGACACCCUUCUUGUUGGCUGUCACUGCCAUGGCCAAUCAGUACAAUUCCUGGUUGACUCACUACCCGCUUUUGACUCAUUGCAUGACGGCAUCCAGUCUAUCCGGGCUUGGGGAUGUCAUUGCUCAGCUCUCGUACUGGCAAUUCCAGCAAUUGGAACAGAUAAGUGUUAGCUUCAAAGAAAGUGACUUUCAGUUGGAUCGUGAGAGAUUGGGGAGAUUCAUGCUCAAGGGACUUGGAGGAGGCAUGAUUUGGGCAUUUUGGUUCGACGUCAAUGAGCAAUGGACCAAUCAGCUCAUGCAGUAUCCAUUCAGUAAUGCUGGUGGAACCAGUACCGGUACCCUGACUGAAUGGUUGGCCAGUCUAGGCGGCGAUUCAGCAGUGAUGCUUGGAAAGACAGUUACAGCUCUUUUGUUGGAACAGUUUGUGGGCGCACCCAUCAUCUUUGCCUUUUGGGAGAUCCCCGUUCCAACAUUGCUCAGCCCAGCCAAAGACAACAGUUCGAUUCCCAGACAAGUGCAAGAAAAGUUGCCAGUGUUGCUGGUUGACAAUGCCAAGAUUUGGACUUUUGCCAACAUGUUCGUGUACAGUGCACCUCUUGAAUACCGAGUUUUGAUUUCCAGUCUUGUGGAUAUUCUCUGGCAGAGCAUUGUUUCGGCUCACGUCAUGACCACACAUGGUGAUGCUGCCGCUGAAACUGUUCUUGCCGAUGACAUCGGUAUUGCUGGGAAUGGUGGCGAUGAAGAAGACACUGCGUGUUUUGGUGUAGACCUUGCUUGA